AUGUUUCAGUAAUGGUUUCCAGGUUUGCGAAACAAGCAGUAGGCCUGUUUUCAUAUUGGCUACUCUGUUGCUUGAUAUUGAAGAGGACUCCAGAAAUCAACAUGUGCUAGCAUGAGCAAGACAAUGACUGAACACACAUACUCUUUUGACAGGCAUCACUCAACGUCUCCAGCUGGGGAAAAUACAUCAGACGCUAAUGUCAUACUUGUCCCACAGCUGGAAACAGUUUUUAGCAAAGCAGCCAGGAUCAUCCAGCGAGCAUGGAGGAAACGCGUUGAUACUGCUGUUUUCAAGCACCUCAAGAAACUAGUGAGCUUCCACAAUCAAGGGGAUCCACGUCUCCUUCUUAGGCUUAUUAAUCCUGCAGAGUCUAACAUUCUGGAUGCUGCUUCAGGAGCGCUUAUCCGAUUUAGACUGGGUGGGCCAACCUAUCCUCCAAACAUCUACUUUAAAAUAUACACUCGUGCACCCAUAGUGGACAUGUGUGCCUCUAGUCCUAAAGAUUACACACAGCUGAAGAAACCUGCUCCAAGCCAGAUUCAUAAUGGCCGACUGAUGAUCGGUGACAGGGAUGAUCACUCUGGGUGGUACCAACGGGUAGAGAACAAUGGCUGGAGGAUUUUGUCUUGCAAGAUUUCCGCGUUUGAAGACCCGAUAACUCAAGAUACCAAUGUUAAGAAAAUACAGUUCCAUCACUGCAAAAUCCGUCGGCGCCAAGAUGUUGCAAGAAAUAAGAAGAUUCGAAAAAUUGAAUGGAUGAGAAAAAUGUAUGCUGAGGGUCUCCUGCAUGCUCAUACAGAACACAGCCAAACAGCUCUGCUGGUGCAAAAAUCCACAGAAUUAAAUUCCUUUGAACAGAUUGGACCAGAUUCAGUUUCUGAGCGGGAAAUGGAUGAGCUGCUUUCAUGGACUCAAGCUCUCAAUUUUGAUGAGUAUAUUAAUGAAUGGAGGGAUCUGGGUACCAGCAAAUGCUGCAUAUUUAUCAAAGAAAAGUAACGUUACCAGGACUUCAGUGUCUCUGUGCGUGAUGUUUGUGAGAUUCCUCAGAUCGGUCAGGAUUCAGUGGUCCAACAUCUGGAUCUCAUCUGAGGCUGGAGUAUAUCAUGCAGCUCUAGUAAUAAAACAAUCAGAUUUGAAUAAAUAAAGCAGG